AUAAUUCCAAAUGUUGAUUCUCUUGGUAUUAAUGAACAAGAAUUAACUUUUCUUUCAAGAGUUGGUGGAGGACCUUUUAAAGAACAAUAUCCAAUAAGUGCUGGGACCUUACAUGCUUACAAAGCAGUAGAAAUGCUUUAUUGGUUACUUUCAAAUUAUGGACAUGAUAGAAAUAAUCCAGAAAGUAAAAAUUAUAAUCAACGUCUUCAACGAAUCCAUUUUUAUUCCCUCACUUAUCACAUUAUGGUUAGUAAAGGCCCAGAUUGGUCGAAUUUGGCGGCAGGUUUAGCUGCAGGUGCUCGAUUAGCUGGCCGUCAAUCUUGUAAUUUGGCAUUAUCUUCUGGUAGAGCAACUGAUUUUGAUAAAUUAGAAAUUCGUUCAAGUCAAACUGUUUUAUUAGACAAACAAGUCAAUAAAUCCACUUGCCUCGUGGAUGCGUGGUGACCUUGUAUUUAUUUACACUCCAGUUUUUGUUUGUAAAUUUCCUCAACAUACUGUUGGAGUAGAUGAUGCAAUUGCUGCUUCUGCCCUUCUUUAUUCACAAUUUUUUAAAUUAGAGAGGAAA